AUGUACCGUGAUAGAACCAAUUUGUUCCUAUCAUAUAGAAGGACCUUUCCACACCAACGUUUGUCCAGCACCAAAUAUACGGUUGCGAAUAAGGAUCUAGAGGAUCAACCGUUCAUUGGGAAUGAAGAUGGUAUUGCCAUGGAUAACUUUUCACGGAGACUUCCACCGAGGUUCUUUGAUUUAACAUUCCAAGUCGACGAAGCUUUGGCCCUAGUGGAUCGCUUGUUAGUGCAGUUAGCAAAACUCUACCAGAAGAAUUCGUUGCCUGGGUUUCAGGAUAAUAGACAGGAUGAGCAACAAAUUGAGGAUAUAAGCUUUCAGGUGAUCAAAAAAUUCCAAGAAUGUUUUGGGGUUAUCAAGACGCUCACCAGGAUUAAAGAAACACAGUUUUCCAAUGGACAGCAACUAAAUAAGGAUGAAUUGAGAAUCUUGGAUAAUCUUGAGAAAAACUAUGCCUUAAAAGUGCAGGAAAAGUCUCAGAAGUUCAGGGUCCUUCAGAAUAACCAUUUGAAGUUCUUAAACAAAGACGACUUCAAGCCGCUGCCUACAGCAAAAUCGAAUGACGAUACGUUACUAUUGCUAGAAGAAGAAGUUCAGCAAGGUGACUCAAACGAGAUUGAUAGCUAUUCAAAGCAAACGCUUCAAAAACAAAAUGCGAAGAUGCAUGAUAGUAACCAGCAAUUCUUGCAACAACGUGAUGAAGAAAUAACUCAGCUAGCGAAAGGUGUUCUUGAAGUGAGUACGAUUUUCAGGGAAAUGCAAUCGUUGAUCAUCGACCAAGGUACAGUUGUUGAUAGGAUUGAUUACAAUUUAGAAAACACGGUUGUUGAAUUGAAACAAGCGCAGAGGGAGUUGGAUAAGGCCACGCACUAUCAAAAGCGUAGUCAGAAGUGUAAAAUUAUUCUAUUCUUAUCGUUACUUGUGCUUGCGAUGUUCAUGCUAGUCAUGCUAAAGCCACAUCACCGUACGAUAAAGGAGACAGCACCUUCUCCCGAUCAAGGUCAACCGAAAAAUGGCAACUCUGGUGGAUCUGGUAACCAAGCAGAUGUGGUCAAUGCGGAUCCUUUGUUGGAUCCAGAAAGUAAUAUACAGUAA